AUGGCGUUGCCUGGCAUCCCGGAUGCCGUCGCGCCAAAGUACGCGUCCUGUUCAGAUGCUGAUCUCAUCCAGGGCGUCAGCUUGGUGGUGACGGUCAAGGACACCUGCGCUCAAGCAGAGGAACUUCUGUCCCACCUCGCCACCAUUUUCCCGAAGGAUAUGCACGUCUACUACGCCUACCCAGCCAUCCGCGGCUGCCGCCACGUAGACACACAGACCAUCGGCAGCAAGCUCUUCACUCACUUCAACGAGGUGGCAGUCGGCGCAUCCGACGCGCCCAUCGCUGGCUUCCUCAAGGUGCAGCCCAUGCUUAAAACCAAGUAUGCCGUUCUGAUGCACAACGAUGCCUACCCCAUGGAGCGCGACUUUGCCUGCGAGAUGUUCCGGGCGCUGGAGGCGAACCCGCAUUACCCGAUCGCGGCUCCGCAGAUCUAUGAGGCCGCGAGUGACAAGAUCAUCGUGCCUCAUGGGCAUCAUCAGAACCUGCACGUGCGACCAUCUCCCACCAGUGCGACAGGUUACCGCAUCGACUAUGACCUGAGCCUGCACCUGCUGACUCAGCGGAAGCCAGAGGACUUCCAGGAGGGACCUCAGGUGGAUUUCUUGGAGGACCACGCGUUCUUCGCACGAUCCGACAGGUACCACGAGCUCCUGGACCCUUCUGGAUCCUUCACCCUCGAGUACAUGGACAUGAUCCUCAACAUGCGCUCGCGCAAUACCUCUGCCUGGUACGUGCCAACUGCACGCUGCAUCUUCGAUGUGGACACCAACAAGAUCACCUGGGAGGAUGUUCCCUACCUGGUCUACAAGCGCAGUGAGCAGAUUGGCCACCAGGUCCGUACUUAUCUCACCAAGAAGUGGGGUGUGGAGUUCGUGAACACGGGCAUCUGGAACUACGUGCGCUACGUCAUGUUGGCCGAUGUGGUAAUCAAGAAGGAGUCCCUGCCAACGGACUGGAAGGAUCAGGCUGCCAUCUUCUACAGCUGGUUCGAGAGCGUCGGCUUCAACCGUUACAACGGCCAGUACCUCCCGGACUUCAUCGAGGAGCCGGCUCCUGGAACCGUCAACGUGUCGCGCACCAUGAAGUGGACUCUCCCCACAGAUGUGCCAGAGCAUCGCGUGCCUCCCAAGGGCGCCAUGGACAUCCUCCCCAAGCUGCAGAGGAAGAAGGUGGGUGCCAUCGACAUUUCCUUCAAGGACCCUCACCUCCCCAUUGGCGUUACCCAGCGCAGCUGUGAUGCCUCAAUGCCGCUGAGCUACAAGGAGUGCGGCCUUGUUGUGGAGGACAACGGUGAGUGCAAGUGUUUCACAUACAACGUGCCCUUCAACCUGAAGACGACGCUGUACCUGGACAAGCUCAUGGCGUGGAUGAAGCUUCCCGCUCGGGCAUUCAUGUACGGACAAAUGAAGUACUGGUCUGUCCCCAUAGCGCCUGAGCAGAUGGAUUUCUUUUGCGACCGUACCCAGGAGGACUGCUCAUUCCAGGUGUCCUUCUCAGAGAACGCCAAGGUGCUGCAGUGGUCUUGGUUCGGCGACCAGGAGAAGCAGAUCUUCACGCCCGAGGGCAUGGCAAUUGGCGCCGCAGUAGCCCUUGCAGUGCUGUGCCCGAUCCUGCUGCCGCAGCUUUCCAAGAAGAAGGGCGACAAGUUUUCCGCAAAAAAGCAAAACUGA